GAUGCCAUCUAACGUUUGAAGAUAGAAACUAAUUCGCUACAACUUAGGUGCACUUGAACGUGGUGCGCAAUAUAAAUACUAAUAUGUAUCUAACGUUGUGAUAAACAUAAUUUAGCUAAUAAACAUAGAAUGAUGAUUCAUGCUUCAAACAGAUUACGGUCUGUUGUGUUUCAAUGUACAAGAAAUCAAACAAGAUCUUUCUUUUACUGGCUAACUAUCAUAUUUAAUAGAGUCGAUGAGGAACGUAUAAAGAAACUUGGUCCUGAUCUUGCUUGUGCAGAAUGGCUUUUAAGGAAUGGAGCAUUUGUUCGGUGGAAGGGAUUUUCUGAGAAAUUAACAGAUUAUAAUUCACUACCAUCAGCAGGGAAUAAGUAUUACAUCGAGGCUGUUGAUGCUGACAAUGCUGGAAUUAGUCAUAUUGGAUUUCCAUACUUUGAGGGAUGCAAACACAUAAAAGAAAUUAAACUUAAAAACUGUAGGUAUAUCAAUAAUGACGCUAUACCAUUAUUAUCAGUUCUUCAAGAUUCACUGAUUAAUCUGGAACUUGUAAACUGUAAAAGUAUUACAGAUGAAGGCCUACACAAUAUAAAACUUCUCAAAAAUUUGGAGAUGUUACAAAUUCAGGGAUUACCAUACCUCAAAGAUAAAGAUUUAAUUCGCAAGGAAAUUAUUCAAGCUCUGCCUAAGUGUAAAAUUGACAUUUUAUAAAUGCACUAUACAUAUUUUUAUGAACUAUGUGUUUGAAAAUAUGAAAUAAAAUAAAAAUUGUAAUAUUUGUAAAAUUAAUA